GUCGCCGCCGCCGCCUCAGCUUCCCACAGCCGCUGCUGCUGCUGCCUCCGCCGCUCUGCCUGGUCCAACCUCCAGGCCCAGUGCUCUGACUUUGCCGAACCGAGGCGCUCUGCAGAGACAUCCUUACUCCUUCUUGGGGGUCCGGGACGCUUAGGCCGGCGUUGGGGGGAAACCUCCGCUUGCGGGUGACAGGGAGGGAGGAGCCUGGAGCCGGAGCUCGCGGCAUCCGUCGCCCGGAUCAACAGGACAGGACAGGUUGAGGGGCGUCGGGGAAAGGAAGGGGUGUCUUAGCAGUCCCAGGGAGGACGAGAAAGCCCUGGCGCAGGAAGCUCUGACGCGCUAUGACUUAUUAAGGGCCUGUUCACGUUUGAGGAGUGUUGACAACGUGGGUGCACUCCUCUCUUGGGGGCCUUGUUAGAUUGGAGGGUGUGGGAUCUAAGCAAUGCCAGUUGUUCCUCGGGAAAUUUAGGGGGCACUAGAAAACAAACAGAAACGACUGAUGCUCCUUUUUUCGGGGUGACAGAGGGUCCCUCAGACAACCACCUGGUGUAUGGAUUAGGAAGGGCUGAUUUGGAGGUGACUUCAAAAGGAGUGGAGGGUAGCAAGGUGAGGAAAUGGUCUCAGCAGCUGCAACUUUGUGGUACUAGACACGGGGGUGACAAUGAGAAAAAGCAUUAUCCAGCUAGAGGGUCUGGGAACCCCUUGUCACUGAACCUAGACAGCCUGGAUAUUGAGUCAUAUUUGCUGGCGGGUGGUAUUUGAAGAAAGUGGGAGAUCUACUCCAUUUAGAGUAUAGCAAAGGAAAAGACAGAGCUGGGCUCCUCUUGACAUUGACAGCAGCCCAGGGUGAGCUAAUGUCCACAAAGCUUAGGACCCACACCCUUUAUAAGAGUAGGCUGGGCAGGAGCACCCCAAAUUAGGGUAGAAAGAAGCCUCAGGAUAUUGAGAACGCAUCUUAGAAAUAUAGGAAGGUCUUGACUUUCGGAUAGAGGAGGUACCCUCUAUCUCGUACAGAGGCCAGAGAGGAGGAAAGGGGAAAGCUUUCAUUAGGGGACAGAAUUCAUGGGUGAGGUCAGCUGAGGAGUGCAUAGGCUGCUGGAGCCACUGAAGUCAGUCAGGGCCCAAGGGUGGGAGCUGGUGGUGUGGGGAGACAUACGGGGGUCUGGGGUUUAUCUUCAGAUCCUGUGGGUGGGGCGGUGGGUUGGGUCCUGAGGAUGACCUGGUGAAAGGGCUCCUUUUGGGGAGCCCAGGGCGCUCCGGUAGCCUGCUGGUUUGGGGGUGUCUCCUCUCGGGGCGCGAUGGCGGCGUUGGCCAGUAGCCUGAUCCGACAGAAGCGGGAGGUCCGCGAGCCCGGGGGCAGCCGGCCGGUGUCGGCGCAGCGGCGCGUGUGUCCCCGCGGUACCAAGUCACUUUGCCAGAAGCAGCUCCUCAUCCUGCUGUCCAAGGUGCGACUGUGCGGGGGGCGGCCCACGCGACAGGACCGCGGCCCAGAGCCUCAGCUCAAAGGCAUCGUCACCAAACUGUUCUGCCGCCAGGGUUUCUACCUCCAGGCGAAUCCCGAUGGGAGCAUCCAGGGCACCCCAGAGGACACCAGCUCCUUCACCCACUUCAAUCUGAUUCCUGUGGGGCUCCGUGUGGUCACCAUCCAGAGUGCCAAGCUGGGUCACUACAUGGCUAUGAAUGCUGAGGGGCUAUUGUACAGCUCGCCGCAUUUCACAGCAGAGUGUCGCUUUAAGGAGUGCGUCUUUGAGAAUUAUUACGUCCUGUACGCCUCUGCUCUCUAUCGUCAGCGUCGUUCUGGCCGGGCCUGGUACCUAGGCCUAGACAAGGAAGGCCGGGUCAUGAAGGGAAACCGAGUCAAGAAGACCAAGGCAGCUGCCCACUUUGUGCCCAAGCUCCUGGAGGUGGCCAUGUACCGGGAGCCUUCUCUCCACAGUGUCCCUGAGACCUCCCCUUCCAGUCCCCCUGCCCACUGAUAUGUAGUCCCUGGACUGGAGGCUCCCUGCACUUCCAGUGAGCCAACCACCGCCACACCCCUUCUCCUAGCCCUGCUCCAGGCCUUGCUGCUCUCACCCCUGUUGCCACACACAUGCCCUGAGCAGCCAGGUCUCACCAGGUGCUGUACCCUGUGGGAGCUCAGGCGCUGUCUGAGAUCUUUGGAAUUGCCGAGCUCUUAGAUCCUGGGGCCCAGGAGAGGUUCCAAGAUGGGGGUGCCUGAAAUAAUCCUGGCUGAUCACUUCUCUUUUGUUUUUUCACACUUAACUCCUGCCCCUUAAGAGAACCCCAGUUUUUCCUAAAAGGCACUGGAAUUCCAACGCUGACAAGGCAAGGGAAGUAAUACUCUUCACCCUGGCUGAGUCAGUCUCUGAAGCCAUGUCCUUUCCAUUGCCACAAAGCCAUAGCUUUCUAGGUUGGUCCACUGACACUCAGACUUCAUCUCUGCCUCUCUCUGCUCUGCCUUCUAUCUUGGUCUCGACAGGCUCUGAUAUAGCUGGACAGCCCAGCCAGGCAGGGCCAUUCCUAUGUUCUGUGUUGGAACCCAUGUAUGAAUCCUUUAUUCUUCUAUCCUUGACCUGGAUGGGCGCCUCCCACCCCUAGUUUUAAAAAAAGAGGCUGAAUCUGAGCCUCCAAAUGUAGCUACUGGCCUUGGUCUGAAUUGGAACCAGUGUCAGGUCAACACAGGUUAAACCUUCUUAUCCCAGAGACACCCAGUUCUAGAGCAUGGUAUUCUAGACCUUUGUGGAGCCAUACUUCCUACUGAAUCUCAGCUCUAGGACAUAGAGCUUGACUCUCAGCCCUUUUUUCCAGGAUGAACUAGAGCCUGUAUGGCCAUAUUAUUGUACUAGCAUAAGUUCUAAACCUACCCUUCCACUUUCUCUAGUGAUUACUUAAGAAUGAGCUAUGGCUAGAACUCAGCUAUGAUUAAAUAAGAACUAAUUGGCUCUGAGCUGUGCUUGAUGGCACAUGCCUGUCAUUUGGAUUUUGGCUGAAUCAAAAGGGUUUUGGGCUGAAGGCCAUCCUGGGCUACAAUAGCAAAACCCUGUUUCAAAAGCCAACACAGACACACAAAGAGAGAGAAAGAGAGAGAGACAGAGAGACAGAGACAAAGAUUGAGGGAGAGAUAUUACUAAUCAGUACUGAAUGGGUCAAGAACCACUUCUUGCUUUUCCUAGGUAAUUUUCUAAAAAUUGUCACUCCAGAAUACUAACCUUACUUUUACAUGGUUUCUAGUUUCAGCAUUUCAACUGGGGUUCUGCCAGGGAAACAAGAGUCUGGGGAAAGAUACAGGAAAUCUGGAAGAACAUACCUGGCUCCUAGUAGAGAAGCUGAGAGAGAAAAUGCCAUGGUAUGAUUGAACUGUGUCUGGACACUUAGCUACCUCAGCAGGAAGUCCUUCCAGAGCCCUUUUAAAGCUGAGGUCCUUCCUUCUGAUAUGGUGUGGUGCAUCUGUGAGGUUAAGGGGAUGUGGGUGUGUGGGGGGGUGAGAAUCGGAAAAAAAAAGGCUAGCCUGGGCUACAUAGUGAGUUCAGGGGCAGCCUCGGCUAUGUUAGACCCUGUUCAAACAACAGAAAGCUGGGGUCUAUAACAAAAAUAACUCUAGAAUUAAAAAGGACAAAUAAGGACACAGCCUUGACCCCCCCCUCACAGAAAAGAGACCCCCCAACUCAGCAAUAAGUUCAAUUUCCCAAGCCCUCUACAGGUCAGGCUAGGAAAUGAGGAGCCUCUUGAGCUCCCAGACCUCAUAAGUAUCCCCAGAGCUUCUAACUAAAUAGAAUUUACUUUACCUUACAGCUUAUAACCUCAGGUGGGUUUUAAGUACCCAAAAAGGACCUGAAAACGGGGAAAGCCAUGGGGAACCUCUAGUAAAAUAGGGGGUAGAUUCCAAGUCUAGCAGAUGUAGGUGGAAACGUCUAUGGAGGUCCUAAGGGAGGGGCUAGUGCUCAAAGACAGGUCACUUUUCCUCAGGCCCUUUUACUUCUGGCUUGUUGCAAGAGAUGCCCCUCUCCCUCAUACAAACCCUGCUCAGGCUCCGCUCAUCUCCUGGCUCUGCUCUCAGGGGACUGGGUCUCCACUUCAUGCUUUCUGUAAUUAAAGAUGAUUUAUACAAUCGGA